AUGGGUAACGAGCUCCAGGUCCUUCCUGCCGCCGCGGGCUAUGGCAUCGUCAUCGGCAUCGGCGGCGUCUUCGCGCUCUUCAUGCUCGGCCUUACCUGGCUGCAGAACCGCUACACCCGUUUCUCCACACACCAGGCCGAAGAAUUCAACACGGCAUCCCGAUCAGUCAAACCGGGCCUGAUCAGCGCUGGCAUCGUGUCCUCGUGGACAUGGUCCGCAACCCUACUGACGAGCUCGACCUUUGCGUACGAGUAUGGCGUCUGCGGACCAAUGUGGUACGCCGCCACCGGCACGCUCCAAAUCCUGAUGUUCGGGUUGAUCGCGAUCAAAAUCAAAUCAAAAGCCCCCGGCGCACACACCAUGCCGGAGAUUGUCCUCGCGCGCCACGGAAAGAUCGCCCACUUGACAUACCUGUACUACGGCCUGGCCACGAACAUGCUCGUCGGGGCAUGCUUAGUGUUGGGCGGCGCACAGGUUGUGGAGGCGCUGACGGGCAUGAACGUCUACGCCGCGACAUUCCUCAUCCCCGCGGUCGUCGCGGUGUAUGUGAUCGCGGGCGGCCUGCGGUCGACCUUCAUCGCAGACUAUACGCACACGGUGAUUCUGUUUAUUGCGAUCCUGGUCUUUGGCUUUUUGAUCACGGCCAGCAGUGACUUGGUAGGUAGUCCCGGAAAGCUGUAUGACCUGUUGCAAGAGGCGUCGCAGAAGAUGCCGAUCGACCGGAACACGGAUGGCUCGUAUCUGGCGUUUCGCUCGGUGGGAGGCCUGAUUUUUGCCGUGGAUCUGUUUGUGGCUGGUUUCACGACGGUCUGGUUGGACCAGGCAUAUUGGCAGCGGGCGAUUGCGUCCAAGCCGGAGACGUCGGUCAAGGCCUAUAUCCUGGGUGGAAUUGCGUGGUAUGGGAUUCCCUUCGGGUUCGCAACCGUCAUGGGGCUGGGAUGUGCGGCGCUCACUGCAGACCCUCACUUCCCGACCUACCCAAACCCACUCUCAAGCGCACAGGUUGGAGCAGGACUCUCAGCCCCCGCGACGGCAAUUGCGCUGCUUGGUAAAGGCGGCGCCGUAUUGAUGCUGAUCCUGCUGUUCAUGGCAGUGACCAGUUCCACAUCCGCCGAGCUGAUUGCGGUGUCAUCGCUGUUGACCUUCGACGUGUACAAAACGUAUUACCGUCCCAACACUACCUCAACGGAGCUGGUGCGGGUGAGCCACUGGGCAAUCGCUUUGUACGCGGUGGUCCUCGCCGCAUUCUGCUGCAUUCUCAACGCGGCCGGCAUUAGUUUGACCUGGGUGUUGACGGUACUGGGCGUGAUCGUCGGCGGCGCCGCGCUGCCCGUCGGGAUGAUUCUGCUGUGGGAGCCCAUGUCGACUGUUGCAGCUGUUGGCGCCCCGUGGAUCGGGUUCUUGUGCGGCAUCGUCGUCUGGUUUGUCACCGCUUGGAAGCGCUCCGGCACGAUCAGUGUGGCGAGCACCGGGGACGCGACCAAUGCAGUGGCUGGAAACAUUGCGUCGUUUGGCGUCGGGUUUGUCAUGGCGGUGGUGUUGAGCUACGUGUUCCCGAAGAAGUAUACCUCCCCAGAGAUGAGUGCCAUCACCGGCGUCUCCACCCCGUCAACAGUUGCCCCCGACCAGGGUGCGCCGACCGUAGAAAAGGAGAAGACGGCGGCCGCAGCCUCCGACGAGGUUACCGCACCGCCUGCAUUGCGCAAUGACCUGGUCGACUACCUCGAGUCCAACAACAUCGAGCCUGUCGACCCCGAGCUCGCCCGGAAAGGCGAGCGCAUCGCCAUGGUUGCCAGUGCGAUCUUCUUCUUCGGGGCAGUUAUUCUGGUUCCGUUUACGCUGUUCGGUACCAGCUAUAUAUACAGCAAGCCCUUCUUCACCGGCUGGGUGGUGGUGUCGUUUAUCUGGGUCUGGACAAGCGUGAUCAUUUGCGUGGUGUACCCCGUGGUCGAAAGUAUGGGGGCAUUGCGGAGCAUAGUGGGAGGCUUGUGGGGCGAUGUGAAGGCUGUGCUAGGCGUUCGGAAGGAGAAAGUAGCCGUGAGCGGCGACGCGUGA